AAGGUAAAAGCUGACCUGUUUUACUCCAAACUAGCAGCAGAGGCAGAGUGUGGCAGAGCAGAGAAGCAGCUGGCGGAGCUGAAGGAGCAGGAGAAGCAGAGGAAGGACAGAAUCACCAGCUGUGAGCAGGAACUCUUGAUGCUAAAGCAAGAAAACACUGAGCUGAAAAAGGAGAUGGAAAAGCUCAAAGAAGACCUGGAAGAACACAGUUCCCAGGAUAAUCCGUUGGAGGUUAAAAAGAAGGUGGCAGAAAUGCAAUUGAAGUUCACUCACCUGGAAGAGAUGAAGGAUGAUGGGGCAGAUGAGGAUAUGGACACCCACUGUGUGUUUGGGGUGGCCACAAAAACCCCCUUCAGACUCAACCAGAACCAGGCACUGCUGACUUUUGAAGAUGAGGAAGUUGCCCAGAAGCUGACAAAGAUGAGCAAGCACUGUGUGAACUUGGACAACAGAACAGCAAAUGUGACAGUGAAGCCUUUUGAACUCGACAUGGGAUUCCAGUUUGAGCUCCACGUCACUGUCUCUGGAAAGAAGAUCAACGUUUCAGACAUACCUGAGCUUCCCAUUCCUGAAGAAUGGAUGAGAGACAAACUUGAGCUGCAUUUCUACAAAACUGAGCAGGCAGAAGGAGGAGGAGAAAUAGAAGAAGUGACCUACAACAGGGGGUCUGGGACAGGUGUCAUCACAUUCCUCAAGCCUGGAGCAAGCUACAACUUUGUGGGAUGUACUAAAUACCCUUUCUGUGCAGAGGAAAGGUGGUUCAUCAUUUCUGUCUCACCACAUUUUGAUUUCCACUUGAUGAAGUUUCAGCCACACUGCAGGGUUUCCAAGAAAACCAUUCUGCUGAAAGGAGUCCCAGAGGUGGAAGAGGAUGAAGAAAGUGUGCAGGACAUGAUUGAAAUUCACUUCCAAAAGCCAAGCAAUGGUGGGGGGGAGAUAGAGAAAAUCAAAUACAUCUCCAAAGGAGCAGCCUAUGUUUGCUUUGAGGAGGAUACUGAGAAUGCCAGCUCAGGAACCACAGAGAACUGA